AUGGUGAGUAGCAAACAUAUUCGUUCCUCAACAGUGGUAUCUGACGGCACCAACACGGCAUCCGUGACCUUGACCCUAACAGUAACAAAUAUCAACGACAACACACCAGUCAUCACUGUCAUUGACGUGGACAUCACCAUCGACGAGGAGAAGCCAUCCGGCACAAGCGCUGGCUUUGUGUUUUCCGCCUCUGAUGCUGAUGCUGGCACAGCACUAGUGUACACCCUCACAGAGACGUACACAGUCGUUUCUCUAACUUCAUGUACAGACGCGACCAAUUUCAACAUUGAUUCCACAAACGGUGCCAUCACACUCAACACUAAAAUUGAUGUGGAUCCUGCAACGGCAAAUGUAGUCUAUCAUCCAGUGCUUCAUGUAUCUGACGGCACCAACACGGCAUCCGUGACCUUGACCCUAACAGUAACAAAUAUCAACGACAACACCCCAGUCAUCACUGCCACUGACGUGGACAACACCAUCGACGAGGAGAAGCCAUCCGGCACAAGCGUUGGCUUUGUGUUUUCCGCCUCUGAUGCUGAUGCUGGCACAGCACUAGUGUACACCCUCACAGGCAUCGGCUCAAACAAGUUUAUCAUUGAUCGUCAAACUGGUGACAUCACACUUAACGCUAAAAUUGAUGUAGACCCUGGAUCAGCUAACAUUGUCUACAAUCCAGUCUUACAUGUCUCUGAUGGAAUCAAUUCAGCCACUGUGACCUUGACACUUACAGUAUUUGAUAUAAAUGACAAUGCUCCCUACUGUACACCCAUGGUUGUUUAUAAAUCUCUUCAAGAGGGCGCCACUAGUACCGGCCUCUACACCUUAACCUGCUCCGAUAGAGAUGCUGGGGCCAACAGCAACCUGACCUACUCCAUCCAGUUAGGGGACACCAGCAAAUUUAGCGUGGACAUUUCUGGUAAGAUCAAGGUGGACAACGCCGUGGACUAUGAGACCGUGACGUCAGAGACGCUAGAGAUCAAAGUGUCUGACUCACCUACAGAUACGUCACUCAUCAGAUCAACCACAGUCACUGUCAUCGUGUCGAUAACUCCAGUGAAUGACAACACUCCACAAUGGGCGACAUGGUCACCUGCCCUCACCUCCAACACCUACCACGUGUCAGAGAAUGACACUGUAGGGAAGACUUUAUUCAUCAUGGCGGCUACAGACGCUGACAAAGACGUUGGUGGAACUCUGACUUACAGCAUCAAGAUUUCGUCUGAUCCUAGCAAGUUUGCCAUGGACUCGACCACAGGUGCGGUCACUUUAAAGAGUGGACUUGACCGUGAGAAUGGCGUCGUUUCCUACACCCUUGAACUUGCGGUGACUGAUGGAACCACGGCACUCUCUGCCACAGUGACACUUAGCGUUGAUGGAUACAAUGACAAUGUUCCCGUGUUUUCUUCUACACCUUUCUCUAUCAAGUUGAUAGGUGAAGCCGCUGCAAAAACAGGCUCAGUUUGUACUACGGUUGCCGCCACUGAUGCUGAUAUAGAUCCCUCAUCAACUUUAACCUUCAGUGUUGACGGCGUAUCUCCAGGCUCUGGUAAGUUUUGUCCACUUGACCGUCCCAUCCUGAACAUAACACUAUGA